AUGCCGCUGCCGAGCCUAUCGCCGGAGGAAGAGGAAGAGGACGACGAUGAAUUUUUCGAAGAACCCCAAUUGUUUGUGAGUUCGCCGAAAGAAGAAGAAUCGGAUUCAACUGAGAUAAAGUGGGACGACGAGCCGAAAGAAGAAUUAUCGGAUUCACUUGAGGUAAUUUGGGACGAAGACGAGGAAUUAACAAAGGAGGAGAAUGAAGAGCUACGAUGGAUAUUGAGAGAUUUCCAUGAUGUUCAAAACAAAGAAGACGAAGGAGUAUUGACGAUUUUCAAGGAGAUUAAGAAAUCUAACAAUGCUAUUGAGAAGAUUGAUGUAUCACUAAAAGUGUCAAAUAUUUCCUCGAUGAUGUUUAAUGAAUUGUUUGACCAUAACAAACAAUACGUUAAAGAGUCAACGAUGGUGGAGACAUGUGAUGAAGUAGUCGAUCAAUUGAUUGAGAUUCGUGUUCUCAGCAUCCUACAUGAGAACAAAUUAUUUUUGAAGAAAUUUGAUGGCAUCAAGCAUAGAUGGAAGCGCAAAAAAGAAAAAAGAGAGAGCUGCAAAUAUUCGAACCUUGAGGGCAAGAGUGCAAAGAGAUGCAAGCCUGGUAAUAAUGAUCGAAUAAGUGAGUUGCCGGACGAUAUUCUUGUCACUAUACUACAUCUGCUACCGUUGAAGGAAGCUGCACGUACAAGUGUUCUUUCAUCACGCUGGAUAUACUUGUGGAAAAAUAUCUCGUCCCUUGAUUUUGAUGCAGAAAGUGCUUUGGUCAAGAUUGCAGAUGACCGGAAGUUAAGCAAUGAAGAGGGCUGCAAGUAUGUCAAAUGGGUGAAUUGCGUUCUCCAAUCACAUAAAGCAUCCACCGUGAAAGAAUUCAGAGUGUGUUUCGAUUUAGGCCGAAAGUACAAGUAUGCAAUCACUCAGUGGCUUGAAUUUGCGUUUGCUAGAAAUGUUGAGAGGUUGGAGUUGGAUUUUUCACCCAGAACUUAUAGAGUAGGCACAGUGGAUUAUGCAUGUUUUGUUUUCCCGAACAAGUUCCUUAAACGCCCUUCACAAAGUUCCUCUAUUAACUUUAGAUCCCUUAAAGAGUUGUGUUUUAAAUGUGUUACUGUGAGCGGUGAAGCUAUUGAGUUCUUUCUACGCAAAUGCCCUUUGCUCGAAAAAUUGGUUGUUCAGAACGCAAGUCAGAUAUCAAAUCUUGAAGUUUGUGGUUCAUCCCUUGCUUUAAAACACUUGAAGUUAAAAUCCUGCUACGAUUUGAAAUCCGUUAAGGUAUCUGCUCCAAAUCUUGCUUCACUUUCUAUUCUGGAUGCGGAAGGACUCUUGCUUGAGAAUGUUCCAGCACUUGUUAAGGUAUCUGUUACCUCUAUUAUUGAUCAAUAUUCUGUCAAGAAUUUACUUCCAACACUUUCUUGCUGCAUUUUCCAAUUGGAGAUUCUUAGCUUGAACCUGGAUGACCACGGAAAGAAAAUAUUUCUACCCAUGUUUCCUCAACUUCCUAAACUGAAGAAGUUGGUCAUAAAAUUUUGGGCAAAAGGUGAGCAAAGUCUUAUGGGACUAACGUCUUUGAUAAGGGCAUUUCCCAACUUGCAGGAAUUUGUUUUAAAGUUAAGGGUGUGGGAUCAUUUGAGGUCAAAUGAAGAAGUGAAGAAUUCUAUAAAGUUUCCCCACGAGCACCUUAAAGUGUUCCAGUUUUGUGGCUAUUACGGUCGCUCCAGUGAUGUUGAAUUAGUCGGAUACAUUUUAGAUAAUUGUAUGGCGCUUGAGAAAUUAGUUAUUGAUCCACGUUAUCCACGUUAUCCAUUUUUUUUCUGUGGAACACCAUCAGAUACCGAAUUAGUUGAGGAACAAACUUCAAGGGAUUACGCUAAGGAACAACUUGAAGCACAAGUACCUCAGCACAUCGAAUUUGUCAUUCUUUAA